GAGAAAAUGGUCAGACAACCAGGUUAAAAUACAACGCGUGAAUUUUGAACUGCUGGGUCAAACCGUUGCUGCCUGAACCUGUCCUGGGCUCGACCUGGCUGGUACUUGCACCCAGCUAAAAAGGCGCCUGGAGUUGCAGAAGAAAGCACAUUCCAAUUUCCGUCUGUGCGCUGUUGAUCGGUCCUCUUGCUGCUUGCAACAGCGUCCAUUUUCUGAGCAUUAGAACCUCAUAGGGGUGCCCGGCCGGUUGGUGUAUCACAGAAGUUUUUGAUACAUUUCGUGCACUUUGAGAGGUUCUGACAAAAGCGCUUUCCUUGCUGCAUCCCCAUCUGCAAAAAUGGUGAAGAUCUGCUGUAUUGGUGCCGGAUAUGUCGGGGGUCCGACUAUGGCGAUGAUCGCCUUGAAGUGCCAUGAUAUCGAGGUCGUCGUGGUUGAUAUCAGCAAGCCCAGGAUUGCUGCCUGGAACAGUGACGAGCUUCCUAUCUAUGAGCCAGGCCUUGAUGAAGUUGUUAAGGAGCGCCGGGGAAAGAAUCUGUUCUUCAGCACAGAUGUGCAAAAGCAUGUUGCAGAGGCAGACAUUAUAUUUGUCAGUGUAAAUACACCAACAAAAACGAGGGGUUUGGGUGCGGGGAAGGCGGCUGAUCUGACAUAUUGGGAAAGUGCUGCCAGGAUGAUCGCCGACGUUUCUAAGACUGACAAGAUUGUCGUGGAAAAGUCAACGGUACCAGUGAAAACAGCUGAGGCAAUUGAGAAGAUUCUCACGAAGAAUGGUCAUGGGAUUGAGUUCCAGAUUCUUUCAAACCCGGAGUUUUUGGCUGAGGGGACCGCAGUUGAGGACUUGCUCAAACCAGACCGUGUACUAAUUGGAGGGCGCGAGACUCCCAAAGGUCAGGCAGCCAUCCAAGCCCUGGCAGCUGUGUAUGCACACUGGGUGCCAAAGGAGAACAUCAUCACGACCAACCUCUGGUCUGCCGAGCUUUCGAAGUUAGCUGCCAACGCCUUCCUGGCGCAAAGAAUUUCCUCCAUCAACGCCAUGUCGGCCUUGUGUGAGGCCACCGGUGCUAACGUCUCUGAGGUCGCGUAUGCCAUCGGAAAGGACAGCAGAAUUGGGCCCAAGUUCUUGCAAAGCAGUGUUGGCUUUGGCGGCUCCUGCUUCCAGAAGGAUAUUCUCAACCUUGUCUACAUCUGCGAAUGCAACGGCCUCCCUGAGGUUGCUGCAUACUGGAAGCAGGUGGUCGACAUCAAUGACUACCAGAAGUCGAGAUUUGUGAACCGGGUUGUUGGUUCCAUGUUCAACACCAUCAGCGGCAAGAAGAUUGCCAUCCUCGGGUUCGCCUUCAAGAAGGACACCGGCGACACACGUGAGACCCCUGCCAUCGACGUCACAAACGGCCUACUUCGGGACCGGGCCCUCGUUAGCGUAUACGACCCUCAGGUUACGGAGGAGCAAAUGAGACGGGACCUGUCACAAGAAAAGUUCGCUUGGGACCAUCCAGCACACAUCCAGCCCGCCAGCCCCGCUUCCGCUCAGAAGGUCGGGUAUGUAAUGGACCCCUACCAAGCCACGAAGGACGCCCACGGCGUGUGCAUUCUGACCGAGUGGGACGAGUUCAAGAAAAUGGACUGGCAGAAGGUGUACGACAACAUGGUCAAGCCCGCGUUCGUCUUCGACGGGAGGAACAUCAUCAACCCCGAGGAGCUACGAAAAAUCGGCUUCAUCGUCUACUCGAUUGGCAAGCCCUUGGACCCCUUCGUCAAGGAUGUGUCGGCGCUCGUCUAGGUGCUGUUGAGGCUCUAGCCGCGCUUAGCUCACUACAACAGGCCAACCUUCUGUCCACUCCUGCCUUGGAGAUACUGUCCAUGUUGAUAUGCUGAUGAAUACUUGAAAGUCACUCUAGACAGCAGCGGGGAGCAUACUGCGGCCUUCCACGGGGACCUAUAAUAGCUGGUAGCAAACCUGUAUUCGUAGAUUGUGUCCCGAGCUCUAACUAAAGAGUUGCGCUCACCGAGUUACUGGGCAACAUCAAGUUGAGCAUAUGCAUGCUCAAGUGGGAAGGUCAGACACAUAUCACAGGUGCUUAACUUAAGCUGACCGGGCUGAAUCUGAGUCUGAAUGCUGGUACAUUUCAGGAGUACCAUCGUUGUGUUUGAUUCUAGCUCAAAUCUCAUACUCCAUGAACCAUCUCCUGCAAUCCAGCUCAUGAGUUUCCAUUACAAACAACCUAUUGUAGGCUGCCAUGGACUCCUUGGGCCUGAACUUGGAAAGCAUGCUCACAGGAUGCAACAUUGUUUAGAGAAAGACAGCCUCUUGCGUUCUUAUGGAUCCAGAUAUAUUUAUAGG